AGCGAUCAAGUCCAAAAUUAGUAAAUAAAGAUGGUGGCAGCGCAUGAACCGUGUGCGGUAUCGUCACGCGAAAAAUGUCUAGUAAAAUGAAAUGGAAACGAAGAACGUGUGCGAUCUCUCAGAAAAAUUCAAAAGUUGUAGAGACUUAGUGAUCAAAUUUACCGUAAAGACGAUUAUAACAGUGUAAAUAGUGUAUCUUUUCUAUAGUUCCCCGGGAGCGGAAAGCAGCCGCAAAAGAGGAUAAUUUGGCUCCAGAGUUCACUGUAAGAUAAACAUAAGGAAAAAUGGUUGUGGGAGAGGCAAGCAUACACAACAUAAUGGGAGGAAUGGAGAGUACGGGUGGGGUGCGACUUCACAAUCACAAACGGAAGUUGAAGCAGAGGUUUGACAUCAUCAAAAAGCUUGGUCAAGGUACUUACGGUAAAGUUCAAUUGGGGAUCAACAAAGAGACGGGACAAGAGGUGGCAAUAAAGACUAUAAAAAAAUGCAAGAUAGAAACGGAAGCCGAUUUAAUCAGGAUACGAAGAGAGAUUCAGAUAAUGUCGAGUGUACAACAUCCAAAUAUUAUUCAUAUAUACGAAGUCUUCGAAAAUAGAGAAAAGAUGGUGCUGGUAAUGGAAUACGCGGCCGGUGGCGAGCUCUAUGAUUAUUUAAGUGAGCGUAAAGUAUUGACAGAACACGAAGCAAGACGAAUAUUUCGACAAAUAGCCACCGCCGUUUUCUACUGUCAUAAACAUAAAAUUUGCCAUAGAGAUUUGAAACUCGAAAACAUUUUGCUAGAUCAGGUUGGAAAUGCAAAAAUCGCGGAUUUUGGCUUAUCAAACGUGUUUGAUGAGCAACGAUUAUUAAACACGUUCUGCGGUAGUCCACUCUACGCCAGUCCCGAAAUCGUUAAGGGUACUCCUUAUCAUGGUCCUGAAGUUGAUUGCUGGAGCUUGGGUGUUCUUCUUUAUACUUUAGUUUACGGUGCCAUGCCCUUUGACGGGUCUAAUUUCAAACGACUAGUCAAACAGAUCUCACAGUCAGAUUAUUUUGAGCCUAAGAAACCAUCGCCUGCUUCUCCUCUUAUCAAAGACAUGCUGACUGUUUGUCCUGGCAGGAGAGCAGACAUCGAAAGGAUUUGUACCCAUUGGUGGGUAAAUGAAGGAUACGAACAGAAUUGUCUGGAUAUUGCUGAAGAAUUAGCGGCUCAGACUCCUGUUCGAUUGGAUUUGCUACUCUCUCUGGUACCACAGUCCGCAAGUGCAGAGAAAUUGGUCAUAGGCGAUCAACAAUCAGCCGGAGAUGUUCCAAAUAACGUGUCUUCCGAAACUCUAGUACCUACCAGAUGUCAUUCUGUUGGAAGCUUAAUGGAAUUAGAUCAGAGUAGUUCCGAUAGGAGGAUAAGAAGAGAAUUACUGGAAGAGGAGCCGAGAACUGCUCCAAUCGGUGGUGAUGCCAAGAGAAAAUUAGAGACAACGCCGUCUAUGGAUGAAACAGCUGCCGCUGAUGCAAAGAGAAAAGAACGAUCUCGAAGAAAAGAGAAACGGGAUGAACCGGAACCCAGAAUGUAUAAGUCUGCGUCAAGGCAUCAUUCGGCACCAAUUCCAAAUUCGAUCACGGAGGAAGCUAUGGAGGUAGAUCCUAUGGUAACUGUUCCUAUCAGCAAGACUGUCGACUUGAAUAAAAUAGAAUCUACAGCCGCUUGUUUAGAACUGAUUAAAGAAUGUAGCGAAAGAUCUCCGAGCAAAGAGCGAAGCAAAACACCGGUAGUUUUCGAAGAGGAGCAACCACUCCAAGAUGUAUCACGGCAAAUUUUAUCAGAAGAUCGAAUUAUUAACGAUCGCAGCUGUGACGAUGAGUACUCGAAGAAUGAAUGUCGAGCGAAAUCAAUGGACGACGGAAAUCGCGACGAAAUUAUGUCGAAACCUUCUGAAACGAUGAACCUCGCGUUCAAUCAGACAAAUACAUCCGCACCUUCCAAGUUCGAAGUAUCGAACGAAAAAGUAAUUGGAAAUGAGAGAUUUGAUAAAAUAUCGUCCGUUAGUCAAGACGAUGCGAUCAACCUUGAGGCAACUCAACGAGAAUUUAAAAAACUUAAAGAAAAAGCACUCUCUCUUGACUCAGAACUCUGCAACGAAGUGCGAGAAGUUCCUGCGAAGACGUUCGAAAGAAGGCGCUCCAAAAUAUUCGAAACUGCGGAGAAGUUUAAUCAAAUGGCAUCAAGCGUGGAAAAUGAAAAGCCUAAGAAAAUCUUCAUACCGGGUGUGAAUGUUGGAGGAGCAAAGCGCGUAUUCGAGAGAAAAGCUAGUCUUUCUUCGAUAACCACACCUCCACCUAUGAAGCACACUGCAUCGAAAAUGAUUAUCGACGUUCCGUCUACGACGGAUACGAAAAGGAAUGAAAAUUCGAGCGACAAGUCGAAGCAAACUCGAAACGAGAAUGAGGAAGUGGAAAUGGAGGGAGAAGAAAAGAAGAAGGAGGAGGCCAAGAAACGAGCCGUUGAUAUAAUAAGUGGUGCUAUUGGAAAACCACCUAUGCAAAGGAGGAUAAACGGUUCUCCGCCGAUAUCCCCAUCAAGUCAAGAACCAAAGAAAAUUUCAUCAAAAGUAUCGUCAAAGGUUGGAACGAAUGAUUUGCGUUCAACGACAGAAUCUGUGUCUAUGCCAAAUGUUGAAACCAACUUUUCGUUCGAUGAAAAAACAGUGGAUGCUAACAGAGGAGCCACAGUUUCCACUGCGUCUGAGGCGUUCAAUAACGACGAAGAGCAAGAGGAACCGAAAAUGUCCAGCAAAAUGGAAAUUACUCUGAAAAGCGCGACUUUACCCAGACCACGAAAGACGAGCAAAGCCGAGAUUUCUAUGACGGGUGCGAAAUCUUCCGGGGCUGAAUUUCCUUUCGCAUUCAAAUCUGAACUCGAGGCCAAAAUUGAUGCGUUCCAACCGCAGAAACUGCGAACACAACGAUCUGAAGUUGCCUUCCCUGUUGCGGCUGCGGUACCACAAACCAAUAGAAGUUCGAGUUUGGAACCCGAAACCAGACCAAGGAACAUUGCGCCGAAAGAAAGAAUAAUUCCAAUCCAGAUGGAAGCGGAUAAUCAACAGUCGCCACAAUCAUCAACCUCACCACCCUCGAAAUUACCACCGAUGCCUCAACGAUCAGUUUCACAGCGAUCUGGUUCGUUAUCUCGUCAAUCGACCGCAGACUCGGAUACUGAUAGCGCUCUCGGAUCUACCGUUGGACCUGAGCCAAUCCGAAAGAGUCCUCGAGAGUACAUUAUUCCCAUUGCCGUAGAAGGCGGUGGAUAUGUUACCCCCAGGUCUGGUAGCGUUGAACCUGAAACCAAAACUGGUAGUUCAUCUACCAGCACAAACGUUCCCCGAUCAAGAUUUGGCAGACCUCGAAGAAUGAGUUCUCUUCUCUCGGAUGCCAGUGAGGACGAAUCACCGUUCUCUUCGUUACACAGGGACAGUGAGGAUCUCUUACAACGACAUAUGCAUCGGUUGAGAAGCUCUCGACCUACAAGACAACCAUCAGAACACGCAGACAGUUUAUCUUCUGGCGAAGAUGACGACGAUGAUGGAUUCGAAUUAUUAACUGCCGAAAAUUUAUUUUCCACUCUAUUGUCCAGAGUGCGAAGUUUGACGCAAAGAUUGAAUGUUGACGAUAACCGUACUACUGGUUUUCCGAGUUCCCGAUUGUUCGGAAGACUAGGAUCUAAUUCUUCGCAAGCUUUCUGGGGUCUAAAUAAACCAUUAUCAAGCUACCAGACAUAUGUCGAAACGAGGACCGUGACUACGCGACUGUCGGAGUCUCAAUUCAGGCAUUCGCUCAGUCGGGAAGGUGAUAUAUUCUCGAGAAAAGAUUCUGUAAACUCAUCAAACCCGGGAACUCCAAAUAGCCCAGGAUCACAUGUUCCUUCGAGGGAAACAGUGUUCGAUAUCGGCAGUAACACUUUACCAAGAGAUAAAGUAGCACGCGAAGGCAUAGAAGCGGAAUCGAUACGAGUCAGAAAAGAGUCGCAAGAUCCAUUAGAACAAAGCUUCACGCCAAGUUUAGCUCGACGAUUGAGCAGAAACUUGAUCGAACAAACCAGACGCUCAUUGACGAGAUCGCCAUCUAUAUCGCGUGAAGCACGAGCUCAGUCAGCCGAAAGGGAUCUAGUUCCGUUGAAUUCUUUGGAUACGUCCGAUCUCGCAGACCGAUCUGUCUCUACCAUUUCGGAUCAAACCGAAUAUAAAGAUCGGUCGGCCAAUCGUCGAGCCAUUAGAAGAACAAAUAGUUUGUUGGAUCCAUCCACUGAAAGAGAGAAAUCACGAAACUUGGCUCGUCGAUCCGUUCUCAAUCUCUUCGAUGACGAUGAUGUUGAUCAUUGUUCCUCUCUGCUCUCAACAUUUCCCAGGGAAACUAUGGUUCAUACUCUGGGUAGAUGGUAUAAGGAAACGAACGGUAGCCGAUCUAAUACGGGAAAACUUCGAAAGGACAGUUUUCGUUGUUAUCGUACAGAAAAGAUUCAAGAAGAAACCGCGGAUGAUACGUUCACAGACAGAAAGGAGAACAACAAUAUGGAUAACGGUUCAGUGUCAGAGUCCAUUUCGGCCUGCGACUCGAACGCAAACCCGUUAGACGCGACAUCUAGUUUAUCCACUAAGUCGGAAUAUGAAACGUCACCGACCGAGUCUUCCUCCAAUAUAAUCGACUACAAAUCCGUGUAUAAGUCGGAUCCAUCGAGAAACUUCGAGGAUAGAAUGCUGGCCGCGGAGAAUUUGAUUAAAGAAUCGAAACUAAAGAAUCUGAGGUCGGCUGAGAAUCUCAGCUACCGAGACACGGACAAAUGCGAGAAACGUUCAUUGAUCUCGAUUGGUGAAGCAAGCGGACCUUCGACCGUCUCAAAACGACGAAGCUGUAUACCCAGCUUGAGAUUGCGAUCCGGUUCGUUGACUAGAGAACCGUGCACGGGCAUCGAUCGUCGGAAAUCGUACGCCGACUCGCAGGAUGUUGCGAGUCUCGUCGUGCGUGCUCUUGGCCCGGAAAAAUCAUUGCUGAGCAAGUUUUUCAAAACGAAUGGAAACAGAUUGGAAAACGACACGAAUAACAAAGAAAAAGAAACGGAGAAAGAAAACCAGCAAAAGUCGAAGCAACGUCGGAUAUCGCGAUUCCUGCGUCCAGAUUUCUUCGAUACCCCCAGAGAGGAAAGUCGGUAUGCGAAAGAGAAGGAAGCGCAGAAAGCGGCGGAAAACGAGCGUCGCAAGUCUCGAUUUAUCCGACGUAAAAAUGAGAGUAAAGCAGCGCCACAGGCGACAGGAAUAAAAACUACGGCUACAACAACCAGUCGAGAAGGUAGCGUCGAUCGAGAAAAGAAACGGGAGAAGGAAUUGAAAAAUGAGAUCAAUUUGUUAAGAAGAGAUCGAGGAUCGCGAGAGAAGGAGGAUCCCCACGAAGAGAAAAAAAGUGUGGACUCGUCGGAUAAAAAUACUCGGAACGGAUUUUUGCAUUCGUUGGAAAAGAAAUUAGAAAGACUUCGGUCCAAUGAUGAGCAGCAAGAAGAGAAAACAGUAAUGGAGAAGGCAGUUUCAACGAACAAAGAAGAAAUGGAAAAAGAGAUAUCUCGGGAACGAUCCGCACCUCCUAUCGAUCAUCCGUCUUCAAAUCAUUCUGACAACAUUGCUACGAAAGCGAACAGUGUCGAGGAUCUGUCUCGAAAGAAAUUAAAUCAGACCUCCUCUAAAAGCAAAGUCUCUUCCGUCCUCGGUUUGUUUAAAACCGGGGAUACAAAUAAAAUCAUAAAUGGAACUCGAUCACAGACUGCAAUUUUAACGAAGUUGAAGAAAAGUCCGCCAAAAUUGGUAAAAUCUGAUGUUAUUUCCAAUGAGGAUGCUACUGUUCCUGUCACUACCAGCAAAAUACCAACUAAACUUUCAAAUACUGAUUUCAAGAUAACGAAGAAGAACGGAGAUGCAAAAAAAAUGGAAAAGUUGGAAAAGACAGUUUGCUCCUCUAUGUCUGAAUCUUCAAAGAGACUCUCGUUAAAGGAAGGAUCGAAACAAGAGAAAACAUCGGCUUGCAAAGAAAAAAGUGCAUCCCGUGAAAAAGAAUUUGAAGGAGAAAAAUUGAUGAAUCAAGAGAUGGAAACUGAUACGCGCGAGAAAUCGAAUAAUGACGAGAAAGAAUCUGUGGAAAAGAAAUUGACAAGCAAAAUGAAAAAAACGAAUCGAUCUUCUUUGGAGAAUGGUUCGUCUGUGGAACAGAGCAAAUCCGAAGACACGGAUAAAAAAACAAAGAAAUUGAUUAAAAAAACUUCUGAAACUUCAGAAAGUAAUGAUUCUAAUGGUGUAAAGAAAAAAAAAAUUGUCCGAGUGGUGAAAAAAGUCGCAAAGAAAUCAAACAAUGAUGCUAGUGCCGAUACUGAUAAAAAUUUGGACGAAAAGGAAAAAUCUGGAAAAUCACGAAUAAAGAAAAAGAUUGAGUCAAAAAUCGGCACUAGUAUCGCGAAGAAUGCCAUCGACAAGACGAAAGAAAAUAGUGGAAUAGAAGCAAAGGACAAAACCGGUGGAAAAAUUUCAGCUAUUGGAGAUCGAACUAAUUCUGGAGACGAAACAAUGGCGACAGAAACAAAAAGUGAUCAAUCAAAAGGACAGGAAUUUCAGCAACGAGUAAAUAGAAGCAAUUUAAAGCUUGAUCUAUCUAAAAUACCCCAACACUCAUUCAGGAAUGUCACACCAAAAAAGGAUUCGCCGAAAUCAGAUGCGCCAAAAAAUUCUAUCGAUUCUCCUAAAUCAAACGAAGAUCUUUCUGGCAAACUAAUGGAAUGUCUUUCAAAAGUGACACAUCACGCCAACAUUGCUGGUAAUAAGAUAAUCAUAGAUAAACCGUUACGCGCGAAAGAUGUGGCCGAAUUGAAGAAAGAGGUAACUGAAUGUGCGAAAAUCAUCGAGAGCCACGCGGAAUCGAUGACAGUUAAUAAUACGGAAUCAGAAAAUCCUUCAGAGGGAGCACCGAUUGAAGAAGAAAUAAAAGAGAAAGAAUCAAAAUCGACAGAUUAUCCGAAUGAACUCUUCUCUCCAAUGGAUGAACCUGAGAGUUUCGAUUCGUGGUCGGUCAGUUCAGCAGAAAUGAGUCACGCACGGCCCGACUUGCAUUCUCCAACCUCGCCUUCACAUUCGCUGUUUAGUCGAAACGACAAGUCGGAUAACUCAGAGUCAAUAAUCGACCGAAUACGUAGGCGUAGUUUCUAUUCACGAUUUAACGAUAGGCGAAGACCGUCAUUGACAGCUCCUCCUCCAGGCGUCAAUCUACCAACCAGUGCCACGCUGCCGAGAAAAUUCAGUUUUUCAGGACAUCGGGAACAACGAGAUCGCAGCAGGUAUGGAAUAGGAUAUACAGGAUUGGCCACGGUUUCGAAACCCACUCUCAGGCAUACGGCAGAGAAAAGUUACGGCUUAUACGCUGAAGAUGGCGUUGCGAUCGGUCGCAAUCGCUCCCUUGAUAGAGGUAUUCGUUAUUCAGAUGCUGGCUAUGUUACCGAUCUUAAAUCGCCGACCGAAUACGUGUCUGUUCUCUCCUCUUCCUAUGAUCCCGUUAGAAGGUAUCUUAGAUCACCGACUUUCGACCUCUCCACUUCUAGGUCGAGAUAUCAUAGUGCUGAUUUCUCUGCGGAUGCAGACGUAAUCUACAAACCUUCUCUUUCCGGUUUAUCAAAUGAUUCUGGAAUUGACAAUCAUGUUUACAUUGGUUAUUCCUCCCUUCCGAGGAAAUAUGGAAUCACAGAACCAAAAACUAUCGAAUAUUAUGAGGAACUUCUAUCUCCAAAUACGACGGAUUAUUUGCCGGCUAGAAGAUCACCAAUAUCCAACGAGUAUUCUAAUAAAUGCGAGAACGGAUAUUACAAUGGAAAUUUGGACACAUUUAGUCGUCAAUUUGAACAAUCGAAUAUUAUGAAAAGAAAACCUAGUUCGGAGAAUGCAAGAACAUUAGAGGUUUCAGAAAGUGGCGCUUCGAGUUCUCCUAUCUCCUGUGAUGAACAGUCAACGGAACAAAAAAGGAGUAAAAAUGAAUGCACGCCCGAAGUGAAAUGUCUCCAUUCAACGUGUACAGAACAGAUGACAAAUUGCGCCAACGACCACAGUUAAUUUUGAUUACAUGAUAAUACUUUAUAAUCACUUUGCAAUUUUUCUUCGAUAUACGACGCCGAUUUCUCGGAUUCAUGUGAAUACGAUAUUCAUUAUUAUUCGUCGUAUAUGAUCACCACUUCGUUGUAAAACUUUUAUAGUAAUUUUUCGUUUUUUUAUAAACGAAUUUCCAAACUAUAGCGAAAUAACGUUCCUAUAUAUGUUACAAGGACAAACACACUAUCGUCUUUCGAUUAUCGAUUACUAAUUUUCUUCUAGUCUAUUAAUUUAAUUUAAUUUGAGAUUUUGGAUAACAUUGAAAUUAUUUGAUUGUACCAAAGAGAAUAUUUAUCUCACUCAAUUGAUUUUUUUCAAGACCGGCAAAAUUUUUUCGAUUGCCGAAUGUUUGUGGCACAAUUAUUAUUAUGCCACAAAAAAAUAUUCAUUAUCGCAGCUAUCUCAUCCAUUAUCUCAUAUUUAAGAAUUUUUUUUUUUUUUAAAUUUAAAAAUACGUACAUUGUAUUAAUUGUUUUCUAUUAUUAUUAUUAUUUAUCAUCAUCAAUUAUCAUCAUUAUCUCCAUCAUAAUCAUCAUAGCUAUCUUUAUUAAUUAAUUAUUAUUAUGAUCAUCAUCAUUUAAGAUCAUCAAUUACUAUUAUUUUUUGACUAUAUUACAUAAAAGUGUGCCUUGAAAGUGUUGCUGCGACGUAAACUGUAUUUCUUUUUUUUUUCUGCGUCUCAGCUUGCGUGUUAAUAGCAAAACGUAUAUAUAAUCAAAUGAU